CAUCUUCCUGAGCAUCGCUGUAGAAAUAUAUUAGAGGAGGAAUUCGUAAAACGGAAGAUUUAAUCUGCCCUGAUCUAUCUAAUCAUUUUCAAGCACAAGUCAUAAACGUAUCUCUUGGAGAGGGUACUGAAAAAAAAAUUGAACCAUGUCGUGCGCGUUGAUCGGUGAUUGCAGUGACGGUGGUGGAGGAGGUAGCGGGGCUGCAUCUACUGUAGAUGUUAUGAACAGUCAGCCUUCAGAUCAAUCAAUCAUGUCUACUAGUAGGUAUGUUAAUAACGAUUGUGUUGCGACCACUCUCGCUUCUCACUCCACACCAUCUCCGACGACGGGCUACACGCCCGUAGUGGACCCAACUUCUUUCUCAUGCUCCCUCGGGUAUGCCGGCCUGCCUAGGACCUGCUCAAAAGUAGCUGAACUCACGCCGGAUGAGCGUAACAAGCCGAUUGCGACCGUGAAGCUACCGGAAUAUCCAUGGACGAAAGAAACCCUAGGGCCAAUACAAACGCAAGCCAACCAAACUAACAACGGGAGCAAAGAAAAUUCGAAAAGUGAACCACCAAGGCGAGCACGGACUGCAUUUACUACAACACAAUUGCUUGAGCUGGAGAAAGAAUUUCACUACAAUAAGUACCUGUGCCGGCCGAGAAGGAUUGAAAUCGCCGCCAUGCUGGAGCUAACAGAACGCCAAGUAAAAGUUUGGUUUCAAAACAGACGUAUGAAACAGAAACGGGUAGCCCUGAAACAAGCCGCCAAGAAGCGAUCACAGAAGAUACACGCAGGGGAGUCAGCCACGCAUUUGGAUCAUUUGAACACAGACGCUUCUGCCCUCAGUAAUUGUUCAAUGAAACUAGAAAAUUACAAAUCUUGUGGGGUAAGCAGAUCAGAUUGCUGUAUAGGGGUGUCCGACUACCAAAGAGAAAAUGAACAUUGUAUUGAAAAAGUGGCGAAUAAUAUUCAAAACGGAUACCACACCCAACCGCACUCAGGGCAAAAUUGGUACGAGUCUUCAAUUCCGGGAUCCGACAACCCAAUACCCCAAAAUUCUAAUAGAGUGUGUCAAAUUCCUGCAUCUGCAGACUCCAUUUCUCAAAUAAGGCGUCCAGUUUUUGGUACAAAUUCUCAUUGCAUCUACAGCAAUACAUCUGCACCGGCAGACGACAACCCAGCAUGUCGUAUGGCUUCUUCGAUUUCAAAUUUGCCGCCCAAUUAUCAAAGCUUUAGUGCCAAUUGUAAUUUUCCGGCAAAAUAUGUCGCUGAUUCAUUUAUGAGUCUGAAACCAGGAAAGAAAUCCUCAUGGGCAGGACACUUUCCAGAACAAAUGAUAGGCCACCAAGGAGCACAACAAAUGGUAUUCCAGUCAGCGGUGUUCCCCCAGACGUUUACAUAGACCUGCUUUCAUAAAGCCUGCCUGGCAACAUCUGGUAAAUUGUUGAUAAAAUUCAUGUUUACCGCGUAUCUGUAAUGUGCUCAAUCGUAAGAAUUUCUUGUACACACUACUAUGUUUAAGAAGUUAUUGGUAACGUGUGAAGAAUGUAUGUACAGUAUUCAAUCUUGUAAGUUAUUUGUACUUAUCUCAAAAUUUUUUUCUCGAUGGUUAUUUUUGAAAAUGUAAGAGGAGAAAUGCUGAUGUAAUUUCAUGAAAAGUAUGCUCAUUAUUUUUACCUAAUGCAUCACUUCUCUAACAACCUUACUUGAAAUUUUAAUUAAGCAGACGUUCCACUGGCAAUCGCUUCUUACCAUCCCAUCAGCCAGGCCAAUUUGUCCACGAUUUAAACAAGAAUUGUUGACGUUUUCCAAUUUUUAAGUGAGCAAAUUGAUUGUAGACUUAUACCUAAAAAA